UGCGCGCGCACGCGUUACGUUUUUACGGCAGAUAAACCGCGCCAACAGUCUCUCCUGAGCCGCGGUGGAAUAGCAGUCGCCCUGAAAGCGCGCGGUUUUUGGGCUCCCGGCUUUGGGACAGGGAAAACUAGCUUUUGGGACUGAAGAGGGUACAGAGUUAGCUCACGAUGUCUGACGAGUCAGAACAGCCUCAGGAAGGCCCCUCAGGUGCCGGACUAGAUUGGUCGAAUCUUGAGAGAAAUCGGGCUGGGGUCCCGGGAGGGGUGAUUCGAAGGGCUCGUGGUCAAGGGUGCAUGUCCUGGAUCCAGAAAGUUCUAGAACAGAUAAUAGAUUCACCUCUCAAGUGGGUCACCCCAAAGGAGGUGGCUUUUGUCAGCGUGCUGGCCGUCCAAAGAUACCUGUUAGAGGAGGAGCCAAACGACACGGUGCGCGGGGGGCCCCUGUACUGUUACGAUGUGACCAUCUCGGACGGGGUGUAUCAGGAAAAGUGCUACCUAGAUCCGAGCCUGAACUCUCUUGUUUAUAAAAAUAUUCUUAAAGUUGGCAUAGAAAUGAAAAUUUCCAGAGUCUCGUGUCUUUACAACGAGAAAAGAUUAGGCCAGGGGAUCUUGUGCAUCGAUAACGUCCAAUGUGGGCGGACUUUGGACGCGAUUUCUUUAGAAACUCCCUUCAGAAAUAGAGCGCAUGGGGUCAAACCCGAGAGGCCCUUGAGGGGCGGGAAGAGUCAUUACCUGGCGCUGUGGAAUAACGAAGACCCCUACGGAGAUAUCUGGUUAACUGACAAGCAGCCCAAGGAACACAAUUUUACAAAUACUAAAAUAAUUUCCCUUUCUCAUCUUGAAACAACCUGGACUGACAGAAAUGACUUUCCUGCACUGCUUGUGAGGAUCUUGCGUAAAUCAAAACUGCGAUACUAUGGGAAACCUGAUAAAAAGACAAUUGAGCCAUACCAGACUGUUUUGGAAGUUGCUGACCGUUCAGGCACAGUGUUAGUGAUUUUGUGGAAUGCCCUAUGUCCUGAGUGGUAUAAAAGUUUGCGAGUUGGCUUAGUUCUUCUGCUUCAAGAUUAUUCUGUUAAAAAGAGUUAUCAAUUCAGGAUGCAUCCUCUCCCUGUGGAUCCACAGAUCAAAUCAAUUUCUACAAUGGAAAUUGGCCUGAAUCUUCGAGAUCCUCCAACUAAUAUAAUUAUCAUUCCAGAAAAUCAGGUUAAACCAGAAUGGAAAUUGCCAAAAUUAAAUUAUCGAUUUAUCACAAGAUCAGAACUGGAUGAUAUGCCAAAAGAUAGUAUCUGUGAUGUUAUUGGCCUUUUAGUUUUUGUAGGAAGGGUCCAGCGAUCAAAAAAGAAAGAAAACCGUGAAGAUUUUUGGUCUUAUCGUUGGAUUCACAUUGCUGAUGGAUCUUCAGAGCAACCAUUUAUUGUGGAACUGUUUUCUACAUCUCAGCCAGAAAUCUUUGAAAAUAUUCAUCCAAUGACACAUUUUAUGUGCACCCAAUUGAAAGUUGUCAGAAAUGAUGCUCAAGUACCUAAGCUGCUUUACCUCACCACUACAAAUGAAAGUCGAGUGUUUAUUACUGAUCUAAACGACCAGCCCUAUACCAAUGAUACCAAGGUACAAAACUUUAUUCAGUGGAUUGCCACAAAGACUGAAUCUGGAGAAGUGAAGAAUACUGUUAUUGGUGGAUAUUACCCCUAUCCACCAGUGCCAGAGACAUUUUCCAAGUAUAGUAGUUCUGUUAAAGUUCAUUCUCUCUUGACACCUGUAAGUGAAGUGAAGAAGGAGAUUGAAGUCUUGCAGUAUAGGGAGCAAAAACGUAUUGCAAUUCAGGGGAUUAUUACUGUUGUAAAAUAUAUCCCCCAUAGCAGUGCAGCAGAAAGUGCCUCUGCAUCAGAAACAUAUCAGAAUGCUGACCAAACCUCAACAUCCAAAGCAUCUAGAGAAGAAAGUGAAAGUCAGGGAAGAAUCAGUACAUGGCAUCAAUAUGACAGGUCUAUGAGUUCCCAGUGUUUUCAACCUGCAUCUCUAAGUCCAAGCAAUAAAAGAAGAAUUCUUCAAGGCCCAUAUUCUAAACCAUUUGCUGUACCUCAGGCAGAAGCAUCUACGCAGACUUAUGGAACUAGAAUAGGCAUGCUCAGCAUCUUCCAACGUCAGGAAAGUUUUGGAGGGAAGACUGGAAAAAUCUUAAGUGAUAGAUGGGAGAGCCAGAUGUGGAGAGACAAAAAGUAUCAUUUAAUAGAUCACCUGCAUUACAGCCGUGUUUAUCCUGAAAGUAUUCCACGGAAAUUUCUUUUUGAGCAUAGGAAUUUUCUUGCUCAGCAGUAUAAUUCUCAGCCUGCAAAAUACAUACCACCAGAAGAAAGACCCCCCAAACUUGAAGAUUUUAAGAGCGCCCGAAGCCUUGGACAUUUUGAAGUAACCAUUCUAGGUUUAAACCAUGACAUUGCAAUUGAUGUCGCAUUCCUACCCAUGUAUUCUCCAGAAGAUGUCCGAACCUCUCAAAUAGACACGUUGUUAACUUGCAUGAAUUACAGCUGUGUAUAUCCACAGGAGGUAACUGACAGUGACCAAUCGCCAGAUCCAAAAGCCCUUGCAGGUGAUAUUAUAAAAGCAGUAACUGAACUGGAUAGAGUACAUAUCGUCGGUAUCUUGGAUAUCUGUAAUUUGGGUAACAAUAAAGUAGAAAUCUAUUUGCAGAAAAUUUAUAUUCCAGAGAAUAUGCCUUAAGAAUUGACAAAUGAAAUUAUUACAGAUAUAAAGAAAAUACUGCUUUAAAGAUAUUCUAUCAUUUUGUUGGUGAUUUCAGUGACUGUUUUUAGCAAGAAUAGAACAUGAGAUCUAAAUUUAAGUGGUUUUAUGUUUGUUUUGUGUUUGGAUUUAUCACACAACGUUUUAGAGUCGUUAUUGAAAAAGGUCGUCAGAACAAGUUACAUACAUCAAGAAAAUUUACCUUACUUCUGUAUUACCAUUACCUUGAACUUGUAAUAAUUUGUUUAAUGUUCUGUUUGUGAAGAACACUUUUGUUCUAAAGCCUCAUUAUGUAAGUCAUCCUGACUUACAAGAGUAAAUUUCCAUGGAGAUUUAAUAUCAUUCCAGUUUUAUUCACUCCUAAUGGGAAAUUUUGAAUUGUCAAUUUGAAGACUAAAUUUUCCUUAAGUGGCCAAUCUGCAUUUCUCACAACCAAAGUAGCUCCUGUAAUUUUCAAAAGCUUACAUGGGUUGUUUUGUGUUAAUUUGGUCAGCUAUAAAAUAAAUGUGGAGAAUCACAUUGCCUUAAGGUUAUUUCACUGCAUAUUGCGACUUCAUAUACUUUGGGUUUCUAAAUAUUUUGAUCAUUAUGUAAAAUCAGAGGCUGCUGUAUGUCUCUAUUCUUGCUGUAUUCAUUUCUGGUUUCAGUAUAUGUAAUGUAAGUUUUAAAUAAGUGAAAUUUUAUCACAUAUUAACAUUUUAAGUGCUCGUAUUGCAGAUAGGAAACAGUAACUAAGGGGAUAGAUUUUGUACUGGUAAUCUAUUGUACUUCAUUUGAAAUGUAAAUGGCCACUCCACAUUUGCAAGACCCUGUGGUUGACAUCUAUGCGGUUUCUUAGAUGAGCCAAAUUGGCCAUUAAAUGAGAUUAAAGACUAUUUUGUGUCAAGAUAAAUCUGAUUAUAGCUAAGCUAUUAACUUGUGGGAUUUCCCUGUAGUUCUGUUGUUCUGUGACUUCAUAUGCUAUACAUUUAAAAUGUGCUCAACAGCCUGCAAACCUAAAGGCAUACUUCAAUUUCUUCUUAAAUGUGUUUGUUUUAUUCUUUGUAACUGCGCUUAAACAUUAAUUGAAAUAGUGGAUUGUUCUCAUUACAAUUUUGAGUGUUAUUAAAGAAGUUAAAAUGCAAUAAUGUUUUGGUCUCCAGUCUUAUUUUUAAUAUAUUUGAUGUAUUGUGUGUUUCCUCCAUAUUUGGGGGCUAUAUACGUACUUGCUAAAUGAGCCAAGAUGAUUCUUCCAUAUGGGUUUGAAGACUGUUGUUUAUGAAACGGAAUCUGGGUUUGGUGUUAAGCUAUUAUAACUUUUAAAAGGCAAUUUAAUUUUAGUGCUGCAUAAAUGUUAGAAGA